GAUGAUUGGAUCUUCAUGCCUGACGGGAAUGAUCAGCCCCAGGUUGCGAUACUGAAGGGCCAGGGACCGGAGUUCAGGGGACUAAUUGAUGAAUCUGUGAACUUUCAUCUUUAUACGAGAAAUGGACCCCCGAAUGGCACCCUGUUAUACAACGGAAAUUCCGAUUCAAUAAAGAACUCUACGUUCAACCCAUCGCACCCCACCAAGUUCAUCACUCACGGAUGGAAAUCUAGUGCUCUCAGUGCAGGUCUUGUUAACUUGAAAAAUGCGUACUUGAGAAAGGGGGAUCACAAUGUAAUUCUCGUGGACUGGGAGCCCCUAGCGUCGAGCACAUUCUACCUAGGGCCGAUGCAGAAUACCUGGAAGGUUGGAAAACAAGCUGGAAUAUUCAUAGACUUCUUGGCCCAGGAGACCGGCGCAAUACCUGGGCAUAUUCACUUCAUAGGUCAUUCAUUAGGGGCUCACGUAGCUGGAAACGCUGCAUCAGCCACCACCUCCGGAAAAUUAGGACGAGUGACAGGUCUCGAUCCAGCUCUGCCUGGUUUCCACGUCAUCUCCACGAAUGAUGGAAAAUUAGACCCUACAGAUGCAGACUUCGUUGAUGUCAUUCAUUCCUGCGGAGGAAUUUUGGGAUUUCUUCAGCCAGUCGGCCAUGCUGAUUUCUAUCCCAAUGGUGGAGUUGCUGUGCAGCCCGGAUGCUGCUGUAUGCCAGAAAUAACGGAGGCUUGCAGCCACGGCAGAGCUUACGUCUACUUCACCGAGAGUAUAAUCUCAGAAUCAGGGUUGUUAGCAACAAAAUGUGACACCUGGGAUCAAUUCAGAAUGGGAUCCUGCAACGAGUCCCCUGUGGUUUUCAUGGGAGAACCAGUGAACCAUGCAGCCAGAGGCAAUUUCUUCCUCAAAACCAGAUCGGAGUCCCCUUUCGCUGAUACUUCAGCGAAAUCCCUGUUGUCUGGGGGUUCUGAACUCGACUGCGACGAGCCCGGUGGCUGGGGACUCAGGGGUGGCUCUCGAGUUUGUGGAACAAAUUCUGUUUAA